GAGCGAGUCUUUGCAGACAGUCCCUGACUUUGUUGACGCCGCUGCUUCCAUCGUAACAAUGAACUGCCGCGGGGUGGACCCUCUGUUAGACAGGUGUCUGAUUUGCCUUUCUAAGAACCUCGCUCUGUAUGAGUCAGAGAUAGAGCCUCUACCACCAAACCUAAAGGACAAACUAAUAAAGCUUCUGUGUGUCAAGGGGCUCCUCACAGACUCUAACAUCAGGCGGGUGUUGCAUCCAUCAGUCAAGAAACUGGACCUCCGUGACUGUGAUGUUUCAGACAAUGCCCUGCGAGUGAUAUCGCUAUGCAAGCAGCUCAAGAAAAUCAAUUUAAAUUCUUGCAAAGGGGAGGAAAGAACUUCAGUCACUUCAGAAGGCAUUGAAGCAGUCGCACAGUCUUGUCCUUACCUCCAUGAGAUCACACUGAAAAAAUGCCGCAAUAUAACCGACGAUGGCAUCUUGUCCCUCUCCCUGCAUUGCCCACUGCUACAGAUUGUCAACCUGAGUGGCUGCACCCUAAUCUCCGACGUCUCCCUGCAGGCUCUGGGACAGAAUUGCCCUCUUCUACAUAGCGUGGAUUUCUCUGUAACAGCGGUGACAGAUGAUGGGGUUUUGGCUCUUGCGGCAGGAAGAUGUUCACAAAAUCUAAAGGAAGUUCAUAUGGAUCGCUGUGUUCAUCUUACUGAUGACUCGGUGGAAGCCAUCUUGACGUGUUGUCCGAACAUUUACAUCCUGCUUUUCCAUGGCUGUCCACAAAUUACAGAUCGUUCUAGGGAGGCCUUGGAACAGCUUGUGGGACCAGACAAAAUAAAACAAGUCACAUGGACAGUUUAUUAGCAGCAUCACCGGAAG